AUGGCAACAGCAAACAACAACCGACUCCCUCUGCAUCGCGGAGACCACAGUUUCAACCUCUUCAUCCCACCAUCGUAUCUGCUUGGUCCUACCAUCGGCAAUGGAGAAUUUGCCAAAGUCAAGCUCGCCUAUGACCUCCGAACGGGUGUGUACGUUGCCGUGAAGACGUUCAGCCGACGCUCCGGCCGCUACAUGAUGCUCGACGAGCAGAUCAUUCGCGAGACGCUGGCCGUGAAAGGACUCCGACACGACCAUAUCGUUCGCCUGUACGAGACGAUACUGCACGGCAACCGCGUGUUCCAAGUCAUGGAGUACUGCCCCUACGGUGACCUGCGGAAGUUCAUCAACCAGAAGGGUGCGCUGAGCGAAGACCACGCGCGCGAGUUUUUCGGCCACCUCAUGCUCGCCAUAUCCAAGCUCCACAGCGUGGACCUGAUCCACCGAGAUCUGAAGCUGGAGAACAUUCUGCUGGACAGCAAGCUGCGGCUCAAGAUCGCCGACUUUGGCUGCGCGCGGCGGCAGAUCGGCAAGACCCUCCACACCAUCACGGGAAGCUACGCGUACGGAGCCCCGGAACUGUUCCGCGGUGAUAACUACAACGGGAAGCUGACAGACGUGUGGAGCCUGGGCAUCAUCCUGUACGCCAUGGUCAUGGCCAAGCUCCCGUUCCGAGACAAGGGGACGCUGCAGGAGCUGCUGGACGAGAGAAAGGAGCCACCAGCCCUAGCCCACACCCUCUCCCUCGAGUGCGUGGACCUCAUCCUGCUCAUGCUGACCUAUGACCCCCGAAACAGGAUCCCCCUCCAACAGAUCUACUCCCACCCCUGGCUGAGGGCACGAGAAUUAUCACAGGAAGAAUGA